GGCAGACGAAAUAACGAGUGUCUGAAUCAGUUUUAGAAUAAUGCAGAUCUAAAAAAUAUUAUUCAUAAAUUGUGACUAUUUUGUGGGGUUUAAGAGCAGACACAAUGGGUGUUGGACCAAUCUUAUCAAUUUUGCUGACAGUAAUAGUGGCCAUUGAGCUUGCUACUACACAAACAGAUGCACCUACAACAACUAGUGUUACAACAACGGAUGCACCUACAACAACUGGUGUGACAACAACUGGUGCACCUACAACAACUGGUGUGACAACAACUGGUGCACCUACAACAACCGGUGUGACAACAACGGGUGCACCUACAACAACUGGUGUGACAACAACUGCUGCACCUACAACAACUGGUGUGACAACAACGGGUGCACCUACAACAACUGGUGUGACAACAACUGGUGCACCUACAACAACUGGUGUGACAACAACUGGUGCACCUACAACAACUGGUGCACCUACAACAACUGGUGCGACAACAACUGGUGCACCUACAACAACUGGUGCGACAACAACUGGUGCACCUACAACAACUGGUGUGACAACAACUGGUGCACCUACAACAACUGGUGUGACAACAACUGGUGCACCUACAACAACUGGGGUCACAACAACUGGUGUGAUAACAACUGGUGCACCUACAACAACCAGUGUGACAACAACUGGUGCACCUACAACAACCGGCAUGACAACAACUGGUGUGACAACAACUGGUGCACCUACAACAACUGGCGUGACAACUGGUGCACCUACAACAACUGGUGUGACAACAACUGGUGUGACAACAACAGGAGCACCGACAACAACUGGUGUGACAACAACUGGUGCACCUACAACACCCGGUGUGACAACAACUGGUGCACCUACAACAACUGGUGUUACAACAACUGCUGCACCUACAACAACUGGUGUGACAACAACAGGAGCACCUACAACAACUGGUGUGACAACAACUGGUGCACCCACAACAACGGUUGCACCUACAACAACUGGUGUGACAACAACGGGUGCACCUACAGCAACUGGUGUGACAACAACUGGUGCACCUACAACAACCACUGUGACAACUACUGGUGCACCUACAACAACCAUCGUGACAACAACUGGUGCGCCUACAACGGGUGCACUGACAACAACUGGUGCACCUACAACGGGUGCACUGACAACAACUGGUGCACUGACAACAACUGGUGCACCUACAACGGGUGCACUGACAACAACUGGUGCACCUACAACAGUUGGUGUGAUGACAACGAGUGCAGCUACAACAGCUGGUGCACCUACAACAACUGCUGUGACAGCAACUGGUGCACCUACAACAACUGGUGCACCUACAACAACUGGUGCAUCUAGUACUACUACUACUCCAGCUCCCCCACCAGUUGUGGUUAUCGCAGCAACCUUGCAAGUAACAUUCAGACAAGAACUCACUGAUAAAACCACCCCAGAAUUUAAGCAGCUUGAGGCUCAAGUUGUAGCAGUGUACGAUGUCAUCUACAGGACCCGAUAUGGCAUCCUUUUCAUCCGCAGUUUUGUCAUAGAAUUUAGAUCGGCUGCGGGCCGACCACGAGUGGAUAAUACUGAAGCAGAGAUGGGGAUUGAGUUCAAUGAAACUGCUUCAGCCGAAGAAAUUCCAACGGCUAAUAAUGUUGCAGAAACCUUAGUAGAGGCUGUCUCUAACCCCAACUCUACCUUCAACCUCACUGUUGAUGCCGCCUCAGUCCAAGUCAUUGUAAGAACAACUGCAGCCCCCACGACUGCAGCCCCCACGACUGCAGCCGCCACGACUGCAGCCCCCACUACAACAACUGCUGCUAAUAUAGAGGCAGUUACAACAACGCGGUUGACUUUCACAUCUGUUGGAGAGACAUUUACAAGUGACCUAGGGAAUUCAUCAUCUGCAGCAUUUAUAAGUCGAGCCAGACUAAUUGCGUCAGCACUUGUACCUUUCUACCAAGCAGCAUUUUCUUCAUUCCGUUCUUUGACGGUGAUUUCAUUCAGGAAUGGAUCAGUCAUCAAUGACCUGGACCUUGGAUUUGCGUCCUCAAAUGUUCCUAAUGGCACUCAGAUUGGAAAUGUUUUGGCUGGUGCAGCUUCAAACAUCACGACCUUCAACAUUGACCCCACCUCCAUUUCUGUGGAUGGCACACAGGUUUCAAGUGGAGUAAGCCACAAGAUCAGUCUCAUCACUGCAUCCAUCCUUGUGCUGCUGUCAUGGCUACUGACAGGCCAGUAAUGGUGCAGGAGUCAUGUCCACGUGGAAUACCAUUAGAUAAAUACUUCUAUUACUAUGAUAUGAAAAUGGACUUUGUCCACCUUAAAAACUCGAGAGGACUCUUAUAUGGCAUGAAAAAACUCCAGAUAUUGAAUUCAGUGUUGGGAUGACCACACACAUUGAUAGUAAAGGUCGACUACAACGGCAUAUUUAUUCAACCAUGAUAGCAUAGACCUUUACUUGAAGUUUUCCUAUUUCUCUUUUUGACCACCCAGAAAGCCUAUCCAUGAGGGAGACAACUUUAAGCAUCUGGCCCACUGAAACAAAAGUAAUUAAUGGCUUUAAAAUAAGAGUAAUAACAACUGGAACCUUGUUCAACCAUAAUUUUAACUUAGUGUGCAAUAAUAAUAUGAUUUAGAACCAGUAUCAUUUAAACUGAUCAUGAUGUCAUGUAAUCCAGUCACUGUAUGUAUUUAUAUUAUCUAACUAAUGUGUAUUUUGUGAGUUUAUCUGUAUUUUUUAUACAACUUGAGUAAAAAGUACAAUCUUCUUGAUGAUCAGAAUACAAAUAGUAUGUUGCUAAGUUUUUACCAUCUAAAGCAGAUUAAAAAAAUGUAUCACAUUAUAUUGAAGAUGCUUCCAUUAAAAGCACUAAAGGUA